UUGAACUGGCCAAUGGGCGAGCUGCCGGCCGGGUGUCGGAACAGGCGGCGGAAGCGGGGAGGAGUCGCCGGCCGAACUGGAUCGCAUCCGCCGCGGCGUCUCCAUGGCACGACCCUGGCCUCCGAUUUCAACGAGUUCAUAAGGAGGCGUUUCUGGGCGCAGCCGUGUCGUUUCUGGUUCAGGUUUCCAUCGUGUGGGAAGAACGGAGUAACAAAUCUCCCGCAGAAAAAGGUCCUGAGGACACCUUGUGGCGCACCCAGUGUGACUGUGACGAAGCGAAUCAUGAAGGACCGCUCUUCAACUCCCCCCUUACAUGUUCACGUGGAUGAGAACACACCUGUCCAUGUCCACAUAAAAAAACUCCCGAAACCAUCAGCGGCCAGCAGCCAGAAAUCUCAUAAGCGUGGAAUGAAAGGGAACACCGUGAAUGUGCGGAGGAGUGUCCAGGUGAAAACCAAGGUACCUUGGAUGCCCCCUGGAAAAUCAUCCACCCGGCAUGUGGGAUGCAAGUGGGAGAAUCCACCUCAUUGCCUGGAGAACACACCACCAUCUUCAGAAAAGCUGGUCUCAGUGAUGCGAUUAAGUGACCUCUCUACUGAAGAUGACGACUCGAGUCACUGUAGAAUGAACUGUUAUGAUAAGAAGAUUGACAAUCUAAUGAAUGCAGUUGGUUGUCUCAAGUCUGAGGUCAAGAUGCAGAAGGGUGAGCGCCAGAUGGCCAAGAGGUUCCUGGAGGAGCGGAAGGGGGAGCUGGAGGAGGCGGCCCACGAGCUGGCCGAGACCGCGCACGAGAACACGGUGCUGAGGCACGACAUCGAGCGCAUCAAGGAGGAGAAGGACCUCACCGUACUUCAGAAGAAACACCUGCAGCAGGAGAAGGAGUGCCUCAUGUCCAAGCUGGUAGAGGCUGAAAUGGAUGGAGCCGCUGCUGCCAAGCAAGUCAUGGCCUUGAAGGACACCAUCGGGAAGCUGAAGACAGAGAAACAAAUGACCUGCACGGACAUCAACACCCUGACGAGGCAGAAGGAACUUCUCCUGCAGAAGCUGAGCACGUUUGAGGAGACCAACCGCACCCUCCGGGACCUGCUGAGGGAACAGCACUGCAAAGAGGAUUCUGAAAGGCUGAUGGAGCAACAGGGAGUGCUGCUGAAACGACUGGCAGAGGCAGACUCGGAGAAAGCGCGCCUGCUCUUACUGCUGCAAGACAAGGACAAGGAGGUGGAAGAGCUCCUCCGGGAAAUACAGUGCGAGAAGGCUCAAGCAAAGACAACAUCUGAGCUUUCUAAGUCCAUGGAGUCCAUGCGAGGGCAUUUGCAGGCACAGCUUCGGUGCAAAGAGGCAGAGAACAGUCGCCUGUGCACGCAGAUCAAGAACCUGGAGCGCAGUGGGAACCAGCACAAGGCGGAAAUAGAGGCCAUCAUGGAGCAGCUGAAGGAACUGAAGCAAAAGGGAGAACGAGAAAAGGAGACCUUGAAGGCGGCCAUCCGAGCCCAGAAGGAGCGAGCGGAGAAGAGCGAGGAGUACGCCGAGCAGCUGCACGCGCAGCUCGCCGACAAGGAUCUUUAUGUUGCUGAAGCUUUAUCCACCCUGGAGUCAUGGAGGAGCCGCUACAACCAAGUUGUGAAAGACAAGGGAGACCUCGAGCUGGAGAUUAUUGUCCUGAAUGAUCGGGUGACAGACCUUGUAAACCAGCAACAAACCUUGGAGGAGAAGAUGCGGGAAGACCGGGACAGCCUGGUGGAGAGACUACACCGGCAGACUGCCGAGUAUUCUGCAUUCAAGCUGGAGAAUGAGAGACUAAAGGCUAGCUUCACCCCGAUGGAGGACAGACUCAGUCAGGCGCACAGCGAGGUCCAGCAACUGAAGGCUUCAGUCAAGAACUACGAGGGGAUGAUCGACAACUACAAGAGUCAGGUGAUGAAGACCAGGUUGGAGGCUGAUGAAGUGGCUACCCAGCUGGAGCGCUGUGACAAAGAGAACAAGAUCCUGAAGGACGAGAUGAACAAAGAGAUUGAGGCGGCACGGAGGCAGUUCCAGUCCCAGCUGGCUGACCUGCAGCAGUUGCCUGACAUCCUCAAGAUCACAGAGGCCAAGCUGGCAGAUCAAGACCAGCUGCAGGGCUAUGAGAGGAAGAACAUUGACCUCACCACCAUCAUAUCAGACCUGUGCAGCCGGAUCGAACAUCAGGGGGACAAGCUGGAGAUGGCGAGAGAGAAACAUCAGGCUUCCCAGAAGGAAAAUAAACAGCUGAGUCUGAAGGUGAAUGAACUGGAGAGGAAACUGGAGGCGACCAGUGCCCAGAAUAUCGAGUUCCUACAGGUGAUUGCCAAGAGAGAGGAGGCCAUCCACCAGUCCCAGCUGCGGCUGGAGGACAAAACACGGGAAUGUGGGACCCUGGCAAGGCAGCUGGAGGGCGCCAUUGAAGAUGCUAGGAGGCAGGUGGAGCAAACCAAGGAGCACGCAGUCACCAAGGAGCGUGCAGCUCAGAACAAAAUUCUGGACCUGGAAACGCAGCUGAGCAGGACUAAAACCGAGCUCAGCCAGCUGCGGCGGAGCCGGGAUGAUGCUGACCGCCGCUACCAGAGCCGGCUGCAGGACCUGCAAGACCGCCUGGAGCAGUCGGAGAGCACCAGUCGCAGCAUGCAGAACUACGUCCAGUUCCUCAAGUCGUCCUAUGCCAACGUGUUUGGGGACAGUGCCUACACUACCUACCUGACCAGCUCUCCCAUCCGCUCCCGAUCUCCUCCUGCCUGAGGCUGCCAGUCUCGGGCCAGGAGCCUGAUUGAUACCAUGGGAUCUAAGGAGUUGCUAAAGCCAUAUUUGGAAAGCCUAUAGGUUUUCUUCUCUCUCCCAGUGAUGAAGUGUGUUCAGGAUUUUGCCUUAGCUCCUGGCUUCAGAGAAGUCCCUAAGGCAGUGGGGGAUGUAACAGAAACCACUGGCCCUCUCCUUUCUGACAGACCCGCCCGAUGGAGGUUUUUGAUUGCUUUGACAGGCCUUCAGUCUAACUACUGUUAAGGUACCAGAGGUCAGCUCGCCAAGGCUGCUCAUCCCUUUCCUGAGAGGAAGUCUGGACUGGACUCUCCCGCGCAGUCUCUAGCAGUGCUCUUUUUAGGAAUUUCUUGGGUUUUCUCUGACCUGAGCCAGCAGGAGCCUCCAACCAGAGGUCCUCACCACCCAUCCUGGGCCGGGAGCAUGUUGUUCCCUUGCUGUUUAUUUCAUAGGUUCGUGUUUACCCCAAGGCCCCCUUCCCUAGCCCACUGGGCACCUCGUGCCCAAGUUUCCUUGAGGCCACUUGCCCCCUGGCACUUAGGCUCGAGGGCUCCUGUCCAGUUGGCCUUUUAAAAGUAUAAUCCCAAUCUCAUUGAUUUUUGUUUUUCUUUGCCAGGUUUGUAUCUAUGGACUGCAUUUAUUCUUGAAAUAUGUGUGUUGUUUUACAAAAAGCUUCUAUAAUCAAUAUUUGAGGCUCUGUUGCAUGAUUUCCUUUACCCACCCCAUCCCUUUUCUAAAAAUGAUUAAGUCAAAUGCUGCAGGAGACCAGUAAACAUUUUUAUGGCACUUG